AUGACCUCUGCUAGUGACCGCUUCUUGGAAGUUCCCGAAUUGAAGCAAACCGUGUCAGAGAACCUGGCGGCGGACAACAAACUAGGCACACUCGCCAACCUCGCUGGAGUAUCUGCAUUCCACCACGCAGCAAUUCGGGAACUAUGGAGAGACAUACCAGGGCUGUGGGUUAUUUCCAAGAUGUUUCCCUACGGCCACGUCGAAGCGAUUCAGAAGGAUGACGGCAAGCGUCUGGUGAUACGAGACUUCUACGAUAUCGCCUUCGAGUCUUUAGUAGCUCGGCUACAACACUACACCCCCUUCGUCAACUCCAUCAGAUACUCCCCGGACGACCCUCUCUGGGAACACACUGCUCUGAUCCGACUUUCCGAGAAUCCAUCCACACCGUAUCCCCUUUUCCCGAACUUGCGCCGUGCGAUACUUCCGCUCUUUAACCGACGGCCUAAGGAGACCAUUUUUUACACCUCUCUUGUCCUCCCACCGAAUUCAGUUCGGUCGAUUCAGAUUGUGUCCGAUGAUGUCUACGAAUAUGGCCCGGCCUUUCUCAAUCCAGACACCACCGGAGCUCGUCGAUGGUUCGUCAGAAAAUUGGUGGAAGCUGCUACGAGUUUGACUCGCUUGGGGAUUCUGAUUCGACGAGGGAGGAUGGAACCGACUCCAGAGUAUCCCAUCAUGUUGCUUCCUGAUUUUCUCCUCAACCUUCCGUCAACAUCCCCACUCCGUUGCUUGCAAAUCUCGCACCUUGACGUGACGGGUGCCUCGCUCCGCGCGCUGGGCCGGCUGGAAAAUUUGGAGACACUCACAAUUACCCUCUCGCGUGAUUCUCUGAAUGACAUCGGUCCUUCCGAGCAGUGGACCUACCCAGCAAUGAAAACUCUAACCAUUAUGUCGGUGUUGACAACGACCAAUACUUGUACCAACUUCUUCAAUGAUGCUCGUGCGCCAAAGGUUUCCGACAUUACGAUCCUCCAGUCCGUCGAAGAGGACAUAGGUCUGGACCGGAUGUUGACAGCCAUCGCCCACUCUGCUUCCCCGACCAACCUCACAUCGAUUACCAUCCGCGAAAUUGACUACGAGACAUUGCAACCUUUGUCACCCUUCACGCGCCUCAAUCGGAUCGAGGUUUCCCCUUUCAUUGCGCCAGAUGGUUUUGGGGACGCAGAGCUAUGGGAAGCGCUCAGCCAUUGGCCACAACUCGAACACCUUACCCUCGAUCAUCACGAUGUCAUCAACCCUCCCCCUUCGCCCUUCACUUUACUCGGAAUCCAUGCUGCCAGUCAACAGUGUCCUAAACUCGCUUACCUCGCACUAUCCUGCCAAGGAGAGGACGUUCCGGGGAACGAUAAAGUUCCCCCUCAUCCUUCCUUGACCUUCUGGAACCUUGAGGUUUCGUCCAUCAAGUCUGGGAACAGGGUUGGCGUGUGGAUGUGUCGAGCGUUCCCUCGCCUACAAACUGCUGAGUAUAUACGCACUUUGCGGUGGUUCUUUCACUUUCCAGAGGAAGAAUGGGACGUGGAAAGUGCCACUGAUGGGAGGUAUCUCGAAUAUUUGGCUAUGGUGGCUGAGUGGGGCGCAGCUCGUAUCCUACAUAAAUCCCGCGUGCCUUCCGCCACCUGA